AUGAAGACUGAGCGUAUCCGCCAACGCUUACACGACGCGUCCCAUCAACUCGCGGACUUCCUCCAUGCCCUCCCAGACGACCAUCCUCUCCAGAUCGCCCUCCGCACAUACACUCUCGCACUCUCCCUUGCGCUCGGACCCGCGCUCCUCCCAUUCCUGACCUCGCGUAAGGCGCGCACACAAGGCCUUCGACGCGCACUACAUAUCCUUGCACGCGAGCUUUCUCCCAACGCGUUCGCCACCUCAAUCACCGUUGGCGUAGCCGGUGGCGCUGCCAUUCGCCGACUAUGGGACAGGUGGACAGAAGGCGAGGUUGUUGGCAUUGGUACACGAGAGGGAGGGGGUGAUAGGUACUGGGAUGCCCUCCAUAAGCUCCGCACCUGGGCCGCCUCAUUACAAGACUGGCAGAAAUCGUUCGUCUCCAAUGUCGUGUCGUCCAUUCUCGCAGUCGCGCUGCUGCAUUCACGGCGACGUCAUGCGACUUCUGCUGGCGUAGGACGUCCCUCACCGACAUUGGACCUCUCCUUGCUGCUCCUGGUCCGAGCGAUGGACUCCGCGGUGCAGAUGAUGUUCUUCAAGCCGUCGGCGGUGCAGCUCAGUAGGCUCACACUGACUCAAAAGGAAGAUCAGCAGUCAGUCAAUCGGAAAUGGUCUACUCGGUUGGAUGCCCUAGUGUUCUGGGCCUGCAGUGCAAGGAUUAUGUGGUGCUUCUUCUACGAACCGGACAGGCUACCCCGGUCCUACAACAAGUGGAUCAUGACCCUCGCCAGCAUCGACCCGCGACUACUUGCUGCCAUUCGUGCCAUUCGCGCCGGGAAGUUCUCCUAUGUGAGGGGGGUGUCCAUUCCGCAGGACCUGGUCACGUCGCUCUCGAGGGACCUUGGAUAUCCAGCUGCAUGGGGUGACCCAGCCGUUGUUCCCGCAUAUGGCCUCUACGCUAACCCAGUAUGGAGGAGACUUUCUAUCCCCGGAAGGCAAGGAGUCGCAGGCUUGCCUUGCGAGGUCGUUCAUGGCGGGGUUACCGGAGGUAGCUGUACUGCCAACGCAGCCAUUCGUGGAGCCCAGGCUUUCGCCGAGGCUCUUGCCAUCUAUCUCCCUGUUCACUUCUUGCCUAUUGCCAUCACAAGACCGCGAAAGCUCCUUGAGAUACCCCGCCUCCUUGCUACCGCACUCAGUGCGGCCCGUAGUGCAACAUUCCUAUCAGCCUUUGUGUCGUCCACCUGGUUCACCAUAUGCUUAACCCGCACUCUCCUUCUGGCACGUCUCUUUCCUCACAUCUCGCACGAUUUCUGGGACGGCCCAUUCGGAUGCGCAUUCAUGGGGAGUCUGGUCUGUGGAGCGAGUAUUUGGAUCGAGCGUGGCAGUCGGAGGGGCGAGAUGGCACUCUACGUCCUCCCUCGUGCGAUCAGGGCAUGCCUCGCCGCGGACUGGGUCAAGAGUGGCAAGUUCAGCGUUCGCUUGGCUGAAAGAACCAUCUUUGUUCUUUCUUUGGCCUCGCUGCUCACCACCGUAGUGCACCGACCAGAUACCCUGCGUGGUCUUUCACGAUGGACUUUGGCAUUCGUUAUGAAGGGUCCGAACGCGGGCUUCUGGCGUCGGAAACGUCUGGACACAAAUGCUCCUUCUACCCCUGCUCAUCUGACGAGGACCUCCACUCCACUACCCGAAGGGGAAAAUGUCGACGGUACCGCCUGA